UGGACAGUUGGUGGUGUUGUGUUGAAGGCGUCUGUGUGAUGUGUGUGUUCUCCCUCUCUCCAGCUGAUUGGACAGUUGGUGGUGUUGUGUUGAAGGCGUCUGUGUGAUGUGUGUGUUCUCCCUCUCUCCAGCUGAUUGGACAGUUGGUGGUGUUGUGUUGAAGGCGUCUGUGUGAUGUGUGUGUUCUCCCUCUCUCCAGCUGAUUGGACAGUUUGGUCUGAUGAAGGAUGAAGCCUACUGUCAAAUCCUCAAACAGAUUACAGGAAACACCAGCUCUAAACCGGACAGUUGUCAGCGUGGCUGGAGGUUGCUUUACAUCCUGACUGCGUUCCAUCGCUGCUCUGAGGUCCUGAAGCCCUUCCUGUUGAAGUUCCUACAGAACGCCUCCCUCAGUCAGGGAGUAGUGUUCCAGGGCAUAUCAAAGGCUUGUGAGCAGAACCUGAGGAAGACCUAUCGGUACGGAGGACGCAUCAUUCCUCCCAGCAGUAUGGAACUGAAAGCUACGGUGGCGGGGAGGAGCUCCAAGCGACAACUGUUCCUAUUCCCAGGCGGCAUCGAACGACACCUGAAGAUCAAGACGUGCUCUGUGGCGCUGGACGUGAUAGAGGAGCUGUGUUACGAGAUGGGUCUACACAGACUGGAGGCCGUUGACGAGUACGCUGUCUUCCUGGUCACGAAAAGAGGUGAGAAUGUCCGUCCCCUCAAUAAGAGGGAGUACAUCCUGGACAUUGCUACGGAGGCGGAGCCAGUGGACUGUAACUACAGCCUGUGGUUCAGGAGGGUCAUCUGGACACAGACGCUCAAAUUUGACAACGAGCUCUGUGUCACCAUGCAUUAUAACCAGGUGCUUCCAGACUACCGUAAGGGCUUGAUGAACAUCCUGCCCAGAGGUAAAGUCUCUGAACAGCUGUUCCUCCAGAUCUCUAAACUAUCAGCUCUGCAACACAGAGCCAAGGACAUGAUGUUCAUACCCAGCAUCCAUGAGUUGUCAGAGUACAUCCCCCCUUCUGUUUGGGAAGCAGCCUCCCCAGGCAUGGGUCACCAUGGUAACUCAGCACGUGCAGCAGGUCCAGACCCUCAACCCGCACCAGGCCAAAGCUCAGUUUCUGGGUCUGGUCAGUGCAUUCCCCAUGUUUGGCUCCUCCUUCUUCUACGUCCAGUCCAGCAGCAGUGGCUCCAUCUACGCUCCCUGUAUCCUGGCUGUCAAUCAAAAUGGACUGCACUUUCUCAACAAGGACACUCACGAGCUGCAGACAGUGGUCCCCCUGGCGGAGGUUCAGUCUACCCGCACCCAGAGACCCUCGUCCGGGACCAGCUACCCCUACGUAGACCUCACUCUGGGAGAUCUGACCACUCACAGAGUCACGCAGAUACAGCUCAAACAGGGAUUGGAGCUGUGUCGUGUCAUUGCCAUGCACGUGGAGAACAUGCUGUCAGUCAGGGAGAAGAGAUUCACCCUGCCACCCAGCGAGGUCACUGUGUUAUAAGACACUGUCUGUCUGUCAGGGAGAAGAGAUUCACCCUGCCACCCAGAGAGAAGAGACGCACCCUGCCACCCAGAGAGGUCACUGUGUUAUAAGACACUGUCUGUCUGUCAGGGAGAAGAGAUUCACCCUGCCACCCAGAGAGAAGAGACGCACCCUGCCACCCAGAGAGGUCACUGUGUUAUAAGAUACUGUCUGUCUGUCUCUAAGGGAGAAGAGACUCACCCUGCCACCCAGAGAGGUCACUGUGUUAUAAGACACUGUCUGUCUCUCAGGGAGAAGAGAUUCACCCUGCCACCCAGGGAGGUCACUGUGUUAUAAGACACUGUCUGUCUGUCUGUCUCUCAGGGAGAAGAGACUCACCCUGCCACCCAGAGAGAAGAGACUCACCCUGCCACCCAGCGAGGUCACUGUGUUAUAAGACACUGUCUGUCUGUCAGGGAGAAGAGAUUCACCCUGCCACCCAGGGAGGUCACUGUGUUAUAAGACACUGUCUGUCUGUCUGUCUCUCAGGGAGAAGAGACUCACCCUGCCACCCAGAGAGAAGAGACUCACCCUGCCACCCAGCGAGGUCACUGUGUUAUAAGACACUGUCUGUCUGUCUGUCUCUCAGGGAGAAGAGACUCACCCUGCCACCCAGAGAGAAGAGAUUCACCCUGCCACCCAGAGAGGUCACUGUGUUAUAAGACACUGUCUGUCUCUCAGGGAGAAGAGAUUCACCCUGCCACCCAGAGAGAAGAGACUCACCCUGCCACCCAGAGAGAAGAGAUUCACCCUGCCACCCAGAGAGAAGAGAUUCACCCUGCCACCCAGAGAGAAGAGACUCACCCUGCCACCCAGAGAGAAGAGAUUCACCCUGCCACCCAGAGAGAAGAGAUUCACCCUGCCACCCAGAGAGAAGAGAUUCACCCUGCCACCCAGAGAGAAGAGAUUCACCCUGCCACCCAGAGAGAAGAGAUUCACCCUGCCACCCAGAGAGAAGAGAUUCACCCUGCCACCCAGAGAGAAGAGAUUCACCCUGCCACCCAGAGAGAAGAGAUUCACCCUGCCACCCAGAGAGUUCACUGUAAAACCAUAAAACAAGUGACAUGUUUACAAACU